AUGAAAAUUAUUUUCAGGCAUUUUUCAGAGCUUGUCAAACGCAAAGAUAAAGUCCUUAAAGUUUCACAGGAAACUCAAGCGUCACUUGAACAGUCUGGAUUUUAUGCCACAAAACCUUUAUCAAUUGAUUAUUCUAAAAAUCCUGUGGCUUAUAAAAUUAUUAACACAGAAUCUCUCUCAGUUAAAGACCAAGAUUUAAAAUUCUCCCAAAUCGAUAUAUCGACAAUGAAAAACUUAUCCUGUAUUAUAAAUAAAACUAAUAGAGUUGUAAUAAAUUUUCUAUUAUAUAUAAAAAAUGAGUUAUUGGCCUGCUAGCGCAGGCUCGAUUUUAUUUAAAAUUGAAUAGAACUAUCCAAGGACUAUUUGCAAAGUGAACUGGGAGAUAUCAAUAUUUAUGGGAAAAAUGAAAUUUUAUUAGAAGACGUCGAUCCUAAAAAUUUGGGAAACAAAACGAUUAUUCUAUGGGGCAAAAAAGCAAAGCUUAAAGCCUAUGGGAAAAUUGUGGAAGGAGAAGGGGAAGAGGGGGUCGGAAAAGUAGAUAAACAGAUAUUUUAUGAAGAAGAAGUAAAACAUGGAGUAAAAUUGACGUGGAAACAUUAUGGCCUUGCAGUAUUAAUGCUGCCGGUUGUAUUUUAUUUGCUGAUUUAUUUGCAAGUUGUCAGAGAAUAUUUAUAUGUAAACUCAUUUUAUACAGCUCUUGACAGAGAAAAUAAAGAACUGCUGGAUACUUUAAAAAAUAUCCCGAGAAGUGUUUAUAAAGCUCAGAAAAAUCUUGAAAAAAUGUAUCCAGAUUAA